AUGUUCGCCGUUCCAGGGUGGUCCGUCUCGAACGACGCUCUGAAGACUCAAUCUGAGCAGCCUCAGCCCAAGUCCGAUGACAAGUCCAACAACAAGCGCAAGCGAGGAAACGACAAUGUCACCAAGAAAAAUGUUGAUGCAAUGUACCGUCAGCAUAUUGAAGGUCAUAAGAGCACUCCUGUGAACAAGAGGGCCGAUAGGCAGAACAAGAAGCAGGAACAGAAGUUGCAGAUUGGAGAUGUUUCGAAUGCGCAGAAGCAGCAAGGAAAGGACAAGAAGGGUCCUAAUGGAAACAAGGAGAAGAAGCCACAGCAACAAAGUGGCGAGGUUGAAGCAAAGGGGUCAGACGGAAACGAGGGAACCAGGCCAAGCAAGAAACAAAAGAAGAACAACAAGAACAACAAGGCCGAGCAACCCCAAGAAGAUACCGACAAGAAGGCCACUUCGAAUGAAACUCCCGCAGCGACUGAAACCUUGCCCGUGGCACCGCCGGUGACGGAAGCGAAACUUACACCUCUCCAGCAAGCUAUGCGGCAAAAGUUGAUCUCCUCGCGCUUCCGCCAUCUAAACGAGACCCUUUACACGACCCCGUCUGCUCAAGCCCUGGAACUCUUUUCCUCGAACCCCGAACUCUUCAACGAAUAUCACGCCGGAUUCUCUCGCCAGGUGCAGGAAUCCUGGCCGUCUAACCCGGUCGAUGGGUACAUCAAGUCAAUCCGGGCCAGAGGGGGCAUCUCUGACAAGAGAGGGAAAUUCGACAAAAAACGGGCCCAACAAGGCUCCCCUCUUCCCCGCCGUCCAAAUGGAAUUAGCACAAUUGCUGACAUGGGUUGUGGUGAUGCCCAGCUCGCCCGCUCGCUUAUCCCGUCGGCGGACAAGCUCAAGCUCAAGUUCCUGAGUUACGAUUUGCACAACGCCAACGAACACAUUACCAAAGCGGAUAUUAGCAACCUACCUGUCAAGGAUGGCUCAGUCGAUAUUGCCAUUUUCUGUCUGAGUUUAAUGGGAACCAACUGGGUAUCUUUCGUUGAAGAGGCAUGGAGAGUGUUGCGCAGUGACGGCAAGGGUGAAUGCUGGGUGAGUGAGGUCAAGAGCCGUUUCGGAAAGGUAGUCCGCAAGAAGGGUUCGAUUGGCACAAAGAAGCCACUCAGUAAGACCGAGAAGAAGAAGCUCAAGAAGAAGCAAGCCGAUGCGGAGGAGGCCGGCUCGGAUUUGGAUGAUGCAGAAGUCUACGCUGAAGAUGCCCGUCCAACCGACAAUGACGAGACCGAUAUCUCCUCGUUUAUCGAAGUGUUCCGGACGCGAGGAUUUGUUCUUAAGCCCGAAUCCGUGGACAAGUCGAACAAAAUGUUCGUUAAGAUGGAGUUUGUGAAGCAAGGCGCUGCGCCUACCAAGGGCAAACAUGCAUCUGUCACUGGUGCCGGUGCCGGUGCCGGUGCCGGAAAGAAGAAAUUCAUUGAGAAGCCGCAAGAGCUGGACUUGUCUCCUGAAGAGGAGGCGAGCACCCUUAAACCCUGUGUCUAUAAAAUUCGGUAG